GCAGUUGGUGAAUUAUUACUUAUUCCGUGAAUACUGUGUGCACGUAGGUCACCGUCUCUAUUCGGUUUACCAAAUUAAUAUAUUAAUAUUAUUGUUAUGAAGAGUAGUCCGUUUCUCCGUUAUCACUUAUCAUCGCACAUUUUCACGGACCGACGACAAGAAUAAUGUUAGGUACGGCUUAUCGUUUUCUGUCUUUUGCACUUCGCUGUGGUUUUUCGUCUUCGCCGCCAGCUAAACGUCUAUAGAUAAUAAUAAUUUUAUUAUUGUACCCGACGGCAAACGGUGAUAGAGAAAAUCGCUGAUCGACGUCGCCGGCGAUCAACCGACAACAUUAAUAUACAUACAUUUUCCAAAUUUUUCUAUUAUUGAGUCGACUCGACGACGCGAUCAGCUGGAAGUCAGUCACGUUGGUCGCCCACUCACACCGACCCGCACUUCGGCGUGUCAUCAUUUGUGACAGCUCUGUCUGUCUGUCCAUUGUUCACGAGACGGCAACCCGUCUCGUCGUCGUCGAAGUUCGUUACCAAAGAAGUCAUCGACCUGAAAUCCUUCGUCCAUUGUCGCCGUCCUCAUACGAAUCUAACACGGAAUUGUAAAGAUAUCACUUAUACAAAAUGUCUAAAACCGUUUAUGAAGAAUCUCUUUGUGUUAACAAGUCUUUCACAUCUACAUCAACUUCUUACAGAUUCAUACAUACAACUAGUUCCAAUUUUUAUAAUGAUUCAUCUUUGGUUCCUAUUUUUUGUAAUCGUACAUCAACAGAUGUUGGUGCUCGUAAACUGCCUUCGACCACUCAUAAUUUAGAUUAUGGUGUUUUUAAACUAAAAGAGAGCUCCAAGGUAAAAGAUCCAGUUACUAAUUGUGAUCCACUAUUAUUUUUAAAUCAAGAACCUUCAAAAAAAUUAAGUACUUUUUCUUGUUUUCAAAUUCAAAUGCAUCAAACAAAUCCAUGUAAUAAAUACGACUUUAAAUUUUUAAAUACUAAAAAUCUUAAUUUGUUUAAUAGUAUUUAUCAUAAACGUAUUAGUUUAGAAGGCCUAAAAAAAGUAGACUUUAUGUAUUAUUUAUCAAAGCGUUAUAAUUUUGCCCCUGUAACCGAAAAAAUAUUUUCAUUUUUUCACGGAAAAGACAUUUUGGCAAUGUCUAUGGUAUCUAAAACAUGGCAUAAUGCAGUAAAAUACUCGCCAUCAGCUAAAAAAAAGAAAAAAUCUUAUGUAAAAUUCAUGCGAUCAGAAAAAGAAAAUCAUGGACAUGUUGAAAGAAGACGAUUGUGUUUACCAAGUAGAAGAGUUUUUGGCGAUAUUAGUAAUAUCAUGCGUUUUCCAUUAAAGUAAAAUGGACAUUCAAAAGAAGUACAUAAUCAAACUAAUAUUUAAACUAAUAAGGUUCCUCACAAGUUGUUGCAGGAGAAAUAUGAUCAUUAAGAUGUACUUCAAAUACAUUUAUCAUUAUAAUAUGCAGCUAAUAUUGAUUAUCUGUUACCAAUAUUUUGUUAAUUUACAAUAAUAUUUUAUAGAUAUUAUAAAUUGUUUAUUUGUAGUUAUCUGUAAAAUGAUUUCUCAUACAUAUGUAUUUAUAUUUUUUGUAAUGCAAUAACUGGAAUUGCUUAGAAUAAUACGCUCAUAUUUUUUUAGUAUUUCAAAAUUACUUGUAAAAUGUUUUUCUUAUCUCAUUUAUUUUGUUCUUCAACAGUGCUUGUUCAUAAAAUAACUGUAUUACAUUAUUUAAUUUAGUUUUUUCAAAUAUUAAAUUGAAAACAUCAAUGUUCAAACAAAUGUAAACUCAUGCUUAUGAAAUAAAAAUCAGUUAAUGAAUA